AUGAUUGAUUUCCUAUGGAAUCGAUCGUCGCAAGAAAUUCGUAACGAAUAUGGAAAUGAUUUUAAUGUGAAAGCGAAAGCAUUCGCAAGUGAAAUGCUUUCAAAGUUUUUGUCGAAAGAUACAGCAAAGGUUAUCGAUGCUUACUAUGAAGCCAUCGUUGCGAGACGACCAAAGCUUUCCUAUCGAAUUGGUUGGGACACGUCGCUAAUCUUCUAUCCAUACUCAUUCAUGCCACUAAGGGUACAGUGUCAUCUGAUGAAGUUCUUAAUGAAUUGGUUUGGAGCACCUGUACGGAAGCAACCGGUUAGGAAACAGGAAACCUAG